AGAUUUAAGUGGGGGUCCUGAUCAGGUGAAGGUAGUGGUCUGGACACCUGUGAAAGGAAAAUACUGAUGCAGUCGCUGUGGUCGACGUGGACACAAUUGCCGCUCUUGUCGUGGACCUGUUUUCUAUUAAAUAGAAGUAACGAUGGUGAACCUAAUAAUGAAAAAUCAAUCAAUUUCCAGCCACUUUUGUAAUCAGCCUUUAUAGAUACAAAAUCUGGCAUAAUUAGCUGUGAUGAUGACUUGUAGAUUGCUAUGACGGUGUUUUUGCUUCAGCAUAAUCUGCUUUAAUAGAUUGAAGAGAUCAAAAUGGCAUCAAUUAUAGCUAACUUAUGCUGCUUAUGCCAAAAGGCAGAAAAGUAUCAGAAGAGUAGAGUCCAAAGGCAUGAAGGACUCAAACAGAGGGCUGACAGAUCUAUCCUAGCAAGAGCCUUUAGAGAGUCUGGCGUCGAAAAACAAAAGUUCAAGGCCUUUUCUCUUUUAAAUCUGAUGAGUCUCCUACUUGACUUUUGCAUCAGUGAUCUGUUGUGAUCAAGUGAUCCUUGUGUGUAAUGAUUUCACAUAAUCUAUUUUUGUAUUAUUCUUAGGUUGAUAAUCUUCUUUGCCUGGCCAGAUAAUCUGUCUUGUCUAUUUUGUAAAGGCUGUAAAUGGGGUCAUCCAGUUUUGCCAGACUUGUAGACAGGUUACUCAAUUGGCCUUGGAAAAACUAAGAUGGCAGUUGUUUCAAUGGUCCUUUGGUUUUUACCGUAUAUCAGUAUCCCUUGAACCCUUCUAUCAUCUUAGCAAACAUGAUAAAGUACGUUUCAGGUUCCGAACCAUGAAACACGUGGAGAGAAUUGGAACACGUGGCUUUAGAAACAAGAAUUCACCGGGGCCAAUUCCUGAUCACUGGACAUUGGUUGUUAAAGAGCAGAAGGAUGGAUCUAGCCUUUCGUACUACACAUGUCCAGAGAGUGGGCAAAAGUUCUACACUUAUGAAGAUCUCAUGCGAUAUGUGAACUAUGCAAAGGCUGCUAAGCUUUCUAUCUACUCACCUGAUUUCCGUCCCCGUAAUCAGCCUCGCAAACCAAAGAAAAAAGUUAGCAUGCCUGAUUUAGAACAGAUUGAGAUAAGCUCGGAUUCAGAAGAUUCUAUAUUCGAAUUGCCUAGUAUUGCUUCACUUGAGUUCAUGGAGGUGGCGAGUCCAGCACAGUCCUCCAAGCAGUCCUCAUCGGGGAAAAUGAAGGCAAAGAAGACCCGGGCUUCAAACGAGGGAUGCAGUUCUAACAAGGGAAAGGCCAAGAAACAGAAGAAGUAAAAGCAGCUGAAGAUGAUCACCAAGUUUCUUCGUAUGAGAUAAUUUGGGUAGUUGGCACAACUUCCAAAUCUUGUGUUAAUCAGUAUGUUAAGUAAUUGUAAGGGAUAAUUUACAAUAAAAAUACUGUCUUGAGAAACAGAUUAAUUAACUGUGAAAAAAGCAAGCUUAAUUGCAACAUCUUUUUUUCUGGCAAAUUAAAUUAAAAAAAUUACAGUAUCUUUGAUUAGUGAUUGGAUGCUAAAUACCCGCAAUGAGACUAGGGUCAAGUUAAAUCCUCCUUGUUAGUUCUAGUUCUAAGCAGCCGGGAAAAAAGGGGACAAGACCAAUCUAAAACAAAAAACGACCAAACAAACUUUCAACUUCAACUUUAAAAUUUAAACCUCGUAAUAAAAAAGUACUAUUGUUACUAUAAAAUCUAUGUCUUUCCACUUCCCAUCUCUCACUUUCCCGCUAAACUUUCUUUAUGAUUCCCUCUCUACCAAAAAAAGGCCUAAUCUUUCACGUCUCUGCCUCUUAUCCUUCUGUUCUUAUAUUUAUCUCUUUCUUUGUUUUUCUCUCUCAUUCUAAAGAUAUUACAUUUUUGAGUUCUUUCAACUCCUUUAUUAUUAACUUUUAGCCGUUGUAUUGUUCUAUUAGAACAGGGAAAACCUUUUAGAGGGAGACAAAAACAAAAACCAAGUGUUUGGUUUUGAUCUUUAUGAAUGAAAAAGAAAACCCUUUUUUUUUCUUUUUAUGUUAUAUGUUUUGUGACUUCUGCCUUGCUGUUCAAGGCUUCGUUAGGGUGAAUGUAAAUAAAAAGACCUUUGUUUUUUUCUUUUUAUU